AUGUUUUUUCUUCAAGAAACAAAGUUGCAUAAUGUCUCGGAGGCGGUAGCAAGGAGCUUCUGGGGAAACGGGGAUGUUGGGUAUUCUUUCAUAGAAUCGGAGGGUAUGUCGGGAGGUAUUCUUAUCUUGUGGAAAGCUAGUGCUUUGUUGGUUGUCUUCAGCUUUCGUGGGACGGGUUUCUUGGGAAUAAAGAUUAGUUGGAAAAAUAAAUUUUAUUAUCUUGUUAAUGUUUAUGCGGCUUGGUCUAUGCCUCUUAAACGCUCUAUGUGGAAGGAAUUGGUGGACUUGAGACAAAGAUUCAAGGAUGGUGAUUGGAUAAUUGGAGGCGACUUCAAUGCUAUUAAGAAAAGAAGUGAAAGACUUGGCCGUUCAUUAUCUACUUGUAAAGUGGAGUGGAGGGAGUUUUCUAAUUUUAUUUAUUUGUGCGGUUUGAUUGAUGUUCCGUGCAAAGGGAAGAAGUUUAGUUGGUUUAGCGGGGAUGGAAAAACAAAAAGUAGGUUGGACCGUUUUCUUGUUUAUGGAAAUAUUAUAUCUUCGUGGGGAGUGGUGGGGCAAUUUAUUGGUCUAAGGGACGUUUCGGAUCAUUGCCCGGACUUUUUGCAUUUCGUGGAGAGUGAAUGGAAAGCGAUUAAAGUAUGUGGUAGAGGAGAUUUUGUUCUAAAGGAGAAAUUCCGAAUUAUUAAAGAUAGACUUAGAUGGUGGAACAAAUCGGUUUUUGGCAAGUAUGACUUGGAAGUGGAUGAAGGGGUUAGAGAGUUGAAUGAGGCGGAUGAUUGUGAUGAUUUUGGUGAAGAAAUUCAAGCUACCAAAAGAAAGGCAACUAGUAGAUUUUGGUUGAAUCUCAAAAUCAAGGAGAAUAUGCUCAUUCAAAAAUCUAGAUUAAAGUGGCUUAAUGAUGGAGAUUCCAAUAGUAAAUACUUUCAUAGAGUGAUGAAUGAAAGGAGGAGAAGGAAUCAUAUUAGUACUAUAACUACAAGUAGCGGUAUUGUUGAUAAAGUGGAGGAGGUUAAGGAAGAGGUGUGGCAACAUUUCAAUAGUAAGUUUAAGGAGGUUAAUCAUCGUAGACCGGGCUUUGGGAACGUAAUGAUUAAUUCGUUGUCUUUGGAGGAAAGUUCCUCCCUUGAGUUACCUUUUCCGAGGAGGAGAUUAAGGAGGCGGUGUGGAAUUGUGAUGGUUCUAAAAGCCCGGGACCGGAUGGUUUCUCUCUUCUCUUUGUGA